GUAUUUUGAAGAACUGAGACAUUGUAGCUUUAUAUUUACAACAUGGGGAAAGAAAAGGCUGGUCCAUUAACUCCCAAAGCCAUAGCAAACAGGAUUAAAGCCAAAGGAUUGCAAAAGUUGCGAUGGUAUUGCCAAAUGUGCCAGAAACAGUGUCGAGACGAGAAUGGAUUUAAAUGUCACACAAUGUCAGAAUCUCAUCAACGCCAGCUUCUGUUAUUAGCGGAAGAUGUUGAUAAGUACAUGGACAGUUUCUCGAGAGAAUUUCAAGAUGACUUUUUGAAGCUUCUGAAGAGACAAUUUGGUAUGUGGUGUAUUUAAUGUGUACUGUAACUAUUUUUUUUUACUGAUUAUGAGUACGCUUUUUACAUGACUUUUGUACUUCAUGAUCUUCCACAUCCAGUUAAUGCAGUAUAAUUACAGUUAUGUACUUUGUUGGAGGUGUAGUGGCCUAAUGGUUAGCACGCUGGACUUCCAAUCGAUUAUUCCGAAUUUAUUGUUGGGGAUAACCCACCAAUGGACUACUGUACAUGUACGUACGUGUGCAUGAAGCAUCCCAUCCAUGACGGAGUAGAAAUACAGUACAGUACUCCUAUUCCCUUCUCACUUCGUGCUAUAGAAACCAGGAUAAGAUCUGGUGAUAUCAGGACCACUUGGCCUGACACAGACUGUACCUUACAUAGUUGAAUAUUGUAAGCUCAGAUACUAUAGCAACCAAGCAGUCACUUACAAGCAAGAAA